GCCGGGAAGAUCCGGCUGUUGCGGGCGCCGCGGGAGCGGGCGUCAUGUUUGUGCCGGGUUUCGCCUCGUUGCUGGGCCACAUCCCGGCCACAGCGUGGAGAGCGGCAAGAUCACCCAUUCUGUGUCAUUCUUUGAGGAAAAUAAGUUCUCAAGGAGAAAAAUCCAAACCCAUCAAACAACCCCUUAAGAAGCCAAAGUUACCAGAAGGUCGUUUUGAUGCACCAGAAGAUUCCAAUUUAGAGAAAGAACCACUGACAAAAUUUCCAGAUGAUAUUAAUCCUGUUACCAAAGAAAGAGGUGGACCCAGGGGCCCAGAACCUACCCGAUAUGGAGAUUGGGAACGAAAAGGACGCUGUAUUGAUUUUUAAGCCACAUAUUCGUUAACUUCAGUAUCACUUUCUGAUUGUGUACAUCUGAAUUAACUUAUUUUUGAUUAUUUUCUUUCUGUAUACCCUUUAAGUCAUCUAAUUUCUAUAAUGUGUUUUAAAAUGUAUAUGAUAGCUUUGGAAGAAAAUGUGUUUUUAUAAAUCAGGAAAGAGGAAAUAUUAGCACAUUAAUUUUAAUUUAAAUGUUUUGGAAUAUUUAAGUGAUGAUUAGAGCUGCAAAGUUUUAUUUCAUCUUGUUUUAGUUAAUCAGUUGUUUAUAAGUACAAAUGUAAAUUUAAAAACUUUUUUUUUAAAUGAUUUUAUUGCCAUGUGCUAGGUAAUAGUGACUUUUUAAAUGUGAGUUAAGUAAUGCAUUAUAGUUUGGUAAGGCCACAGUAACAGCAGAAAAGCUUUAACUCUGGAGCCAGAUUACUUGGGUUCAAAUCCCAGCUCCACUACUUAGUAGCUUAUGUGACCUUGGGUAAGUUAUUUAACUUCUCUGUGCUUCAGUGUCCUUAUGUGUAAAUUGGAGAUAAUACUAGUUCCACCUCAUAGGACAGUUGAGAAGAUUAAAUGAGUGAAUACAUGUAAACCACCUGGAGCAGUGCAUACUAGAAGAGCUGGAAGUAGUUGCCUCUGGAGGCGAGUUGGGUGGACAGGGACUGCGGUUUCUCAUUAGAUGCUCUCUUUCUUAAAAUAAAUGAAUAUAUUAGGUACUA